AUGCCUGAGUUCAAGCGUGUGCUUGUUUACCAAGUGCAUGCUCUUCCGCCUGUUGAUUCCAAGCGUUGCAUUUUGCAACCCCUGCGCGAUGCUCCUUCUGGUUCCAAGCUUCUAUCUUCGACCUCUUUACUGCCAAGCGGGGGUGGUUCUGGGUCUUCGCUGAAGCUGGUUGAUUCGGGUGCACUUUUUCCUCGUUCUGCCGGUCCUCUUUCUGUGGCUGCGCACUCGGCAAGUUCUAGCAGCGAUACCAGCAGUUGCGAGUCCGUUCACGGCUCCGGCAGUGAUGCUUCCUGUGCUCGGCCCGGGGAGUCUACUUGCGAUGCGAGAGCUUUUGAAGUUCGCCUUGGUGUGUACGCCUCGCCAGAUGAAUUCCUUGAUGGGUGCAGAGGGGUUACUCAUCCUUUUGACCACCUGCACGCUGCUCCUGAUCGUCUCAAACAAUGCAUCUUCGACAUGUUGGUCAACGGACCGACUUGGGUAGUGCAACGUAGGGCGGCCCUACUCAAGAAGUGGACGUCUUGGGCCUCUGAUCUUGAAGUCGAGGAACGUGCCUUGAAGGGGACGCUUGAUCCUCAGGUCGCCAAGGUUUUGCAAGGGAAAAGGUUAAAGCUUUUGGAGCGAAUUGCCGGCUCCCUUGGUUGGGUUGACAUGAAGGUUUUCGACGAGCUUCGCAGUGGGUUUGAUUUGGUGGGCCAUCAUGAACACACUGGUGUUUUCGCUCACGAGCCCAGGCCACCUAAGUUGGCUGAAGGUGAUUUCGCUAAUGCUGCACAGUUUCUCCAGCCAGCUUUACUUGGAAAGAUCCGGGCUUCGGCAUCUGAUGCUAAUGCUCGCGAGCUUUGGGACAAGACCCUCGAUGAGGUGUCUGAUGGCAUUCUUGAGGGACCUCUCUCGGCUGAAGUGUUGUCGGCUCGACACGGGCCGUGUUGGCUACCGACUCGCCGUUUCGGCGUUGAGCAGACUUCCUCCGCAGGCCGUAAACUUAGACCUGUUGAUGAUUUCACUGAGAACAAGGUCAAUUUGGCUUUCGGCUCUAUGGACAAGCUUGAUCUUAAUGCGCUUGAUGAGUUGAUUGGGAUCUGCAGGUUGUGGAUUCGGGUUCUGAACGGGCCGCCUGAUUUCACAAUCCCUCUUUCAACAGGUGCAUCCUUGAGCGGUCGUUUGCACGACGGCUGGAAGAAGGUGGGGUGCGAGCCUCUCCUUACUACCUUGGACCUGCGAUCGGCUUAUAAGCAAUUCGUGGUCUCUGCGAAGUCGCGGGCUUUUGCAAUAAUCGCAUUGCUUGAUCCUUCUACUGGUGAGCCUGGACUGUUUGAGUCGAAGGCCCUACCUUUCGGGAGUUCUGCUUCGGUUCUUCAUUUCAACCGCCUCGCGCGCCUCUUCUGGCGCAUUGGCGUAGAACUGUGUGUGCCUUGGUGCAACUUUUACGAUGACUUCCCGGUCAUGUCUCCGGGUGGUAUUGCUGCCAACACCAUGGAAACCAUGAUUGCCCUGUGUAACCUCUUGGGGUUUAGGUUCGCCUCCGAUAAGCUUUCACCCUUUAAGGCCCAGGCCACGAUGCUUGGAGUGGAGGUUGAUUGCUCGCGCUUUUCUGAAGGCUUAGUUCUUGUCCGGAACAAGCCGGGCCGGGCUGAAGAGCUCAUUGCUUCUCUUGACGAAGUCCUUGAGGAGGGAUUGAUCUCUCGGAAGCGGUAUCUAAGCUUAAUGGGUCGCCUGCACUACACUGACUCGUACAUCCUUGGCAAGGCUGGACGCCUCUUCAUGGCAGAGGUUAGGUCUUGGGCAAAGGCGCACUCUGGACCUGAGUUGAAGCUUGAUGAUUGCGUUCGGCGGUCUCUUGAGAGAUUGCUGAACCGACUUCGUUGUGGCACUCCUCGCCAUGUCCCUUGUUCCGUGGCCGAUCACGUUGUACACAUUUACACCGAUGGGGCGAGCAAAGGAAGCUCCCACACCGUGGGAGGGGUGCUGAUGUUUCAGAAUCAGGUUCACACUUACUUUGGUUGCUCGGUCCCUGCUGUCCUGGUCUCGCGCUGGGCCGAAUCCAUGUGUCACUUCAUAGGGCCCAUAGAGGCCUACGCCGUUGCCGUCGCGAGGAAGGCUUGGCACCAAUUCAUCGCGGGACACAGAUGUAUCUUCUACAUUGAUAAUGUGCCUGCACAAGAUUCUUUCAUCAAGGGCACCUCUGCCAAUCAUCACGUCAGGGACAUAUUGUUGUCUUUCGAGGCGGCCGAAGAGCUAAGUGCUUCUUGGUCCUGGCCCGUGUUGCCAGCCAGAGCAAUGUGGCCGAUGCUCCGUCACGUGGACGACCGCACGGAAAGAAGCCUGUCGGUGGCGGUGGUGGCGUCCCCGUCACGCAGGGAGGACAAAGAGGCCGAGAAGAAGUCGUCCUCGAGCGGAGGCAGAUCCACGGAGAAGCGCGAGGGACACCCGCAAGCGCCAAAGCACAGCCCAAAGGCGAAAAGCCAGCGCCCGGCCAGCACAGACAGGGCUUCCAAGUCGAAAGAUGGGGCUGCUCGCCUGGUCUCCAAGGAGAGCAGGGAGUCUGCCUCAAAGGCUUUGGCUGCUGCUGCCCGACUGGGUGUCCGGCCAGCCUACGAGGCUUCGGAAGGAGACCCGCUCCAGGAGCAGGUCUCAGCAAACCAAGAAGCCCCGCCGAUGGCAGCCUUCCCCGACGCCCUCCUCGUCCGAGCCUCCCGCAAAGUUGACUCGCGCCUGGAGCAGGUCCUGCAGAAUGCUAUCCAGAGAAAUGCAUCGUCAUCCUCUGAGCAGUUGGCUCAUGACAGGGCGAUCUUCUUUAAGACGUGGUUGUCGAGGGCCAAGGAGCUGGAGAGUGAAGAGGCAUCGUUCAAAGAACUCCUUUCUGCUUAUGAAUAUCCGGAUCCAGAAGUUUUCGAUGAGAUCACGCAUGGCAUUCGGCUCACGGGCCAGACGCCAAACAUGGGGAUGUGGAUGCUGUUGUACAUGAAAAGACGGUGGAAGAGCGGGAGAAAGGAUGGGCCACUGGACCCGUUAGUGGAUGACAUGAGCUUCAGCGGGGUGAAUGAGUUAGUGACGGUUCAGGAGUCUCCUAAACCCUAUGGGCCGGACGUUGUGGCCGGCCCCGAGUCCUUACCUCAAUCCUACGUCGCCCAUUGGUCGGUGUUCGGCUUCCUCCGUGCGGCUGCGGCCGUGUGGUGGCUAGGCUGCGUGGCGCUAGGCUUGUGCUGGAGCGUCUUUUUUGACGAUUUUAUUACGAUUGCCAAAUCUUGUGACAUCCGCCACACGGAAGCCACGGUCUGCACUUUCUUCAGACUCCUAGGUUGGUUACUCGACGAGUGUGGAUCCAAAGCUGUCGAUUUUAGUACGUCCUUCAAGGCGCUAGGCGUUUUGUUUAAUUUGGCCCAGUCCCAUAAAGGGUUCGUCACUAUCUCCAACACGCCAUCUAGGAUCGCCGAGCUGACGUCAGUAAUUUCAGACUUGUUGGCAUCCCGAAAGUUGUCAAGGGCGGAAGCUCAACGACUCCGCGGCAGGAUGCAAUUUUGCGAUGGUUUCUUGUUCGGCCGAGCUUCGCGCUUUAGUUUGCAGGCGGUGUCACGGCAUGUGCACGCAUCGCAUGAUGAAGUGACCGAUGGAGACUUGUGGGAUUCUUUGCUUCGCUUCCACAAUUGCUUACAGGAGAGCAGGCCACACGUGGUCACGGCAAAUCAUCAGGAAUCCUUGUUUCUCUUCACGGAUGCCUGCUACGAACCAGGUGCUGACUGGUGCGCAGGUCUGGGUGCUGUAGUGCUUGGACCUAAAGGCAAUUGCUUGGGGUUCUUUUCCAUGUGUGCUAGUGAAAAAGUGCGGAAGAAACUUGGCGAAGGGUUUAAGAAGACCAUCAUAUUCGAGUUGGAGUUUUUGGCGCUUCUAGUCGCGCUUGUCCAUUGGAAAGAACUGUUCCGCAACAGGCCGCUUGUGUGUUACUUAGACAACAACACUUCGCGGGAUGUGUGCAUCUCGGGGCGAGGCCGAAGCUUCAUUGCCAAGGCCUUGGCGACCGCUUUGCUAUCGCUUGAGGAUGCGGGUGAAAUCAGGACGUGGUUCUCUAGGGUUCCAUCCCCAUCUAACAUCGCAGAUGAGCCCUCCCGUAAGCUUUGUGAAUCCUUAGAGGUUAAUGGUGUAACACUUGUGGCAGACGAUGCUUCUCAGGCCCUCAUAGACUGCGUGGGAUUCCUUGGCUAA